AGUCAGAUGGAGUUCAGCAUCGCCUCCUUAUCCAUCCAGGAGCCCAGCAAUGGCACGGCCACCAGUGAGCCAAGGCCGCUACCCAAAGCCUCACAGGGCAGCAGGUCCUCCAGCCUGGAUGCCCUGGGUCCAGCCCGGAAGGAAGAGGAGGCAUCCUUCUGGAAGAUCAAUGCUGAGCGGUCCCGGGAGGGGUCGGAGGCUGAGUUCCAGUCACUGACCCCCAGCCAGAUCAAGUCCAUGGAGAAGGCGGAGAAGGUGCUGCCUGCCUGUUACCGGCAGGAUCCCGGCCCGAAGGACCGGGAGGCCAAGGCCCUGCGCCUGGAGCAGCGAGUCCUUCCCAGCACAAGCACGGAGUGUGAGAGACCCCAGCCCGUCCAGGGCUCCACCAGUGUGUUACCCGAGGUCACCCCCUGUGAACCACCAGGGAAGCCGUUGUCUCCUGACGCUGUGCAGGAGGAUGAGGAUGAGGAUGAUGCUCUGUUCCUGGAGCCCAAGCCUACACAGGUCAGCUCAAGCAAUGUUGUCUUGAAGACAGGAUUUGAUUUUCUGGACAACUGGUAAACUGUUAGGCCAAGAAAAAAAAAAAAUACAGCCAAGAACCCCAGAACACCUUCCACAGUGCUGUGCUAGCGGAGGAUAAGAAGGGUGAUGUUGCCUUGUCUAUUUUCCUGGUUUCUCUACUCUUUUUCUUAAUCCUUUGGAAACUGGUAAAUAUUGCCAGAUUUUUCCCUUUUUGGUAAAACCAGAUACAUACACUAUUUUUAGUGAUUUGAUAACAGAAGUUCUACAAUUGAAAUUUUUAAGGACUAUUAAGAAUUCAGUAAAUCCUGUAAAUAAAACUUCUGUUCCCAGCUCCACCGGUUUUCCCUCUGCACAGGGAAUUUUCUGACCACAUCACAGACGUCCUACCGUGAUUCUGUCUCAUCCUCCUCUGCUCCAGUGGGUGACCUCAGAGAUGUCCUCAGCCAUGAUGACAUCGGCCGUGGGCUGUGGCUGUAGAAAGAUUCAUGCUAAAGCCAAGUCCUGUGCUGUGUGCCACCUGACACCCUCCUGUCACUUCCAGGAGCAUCCGGUGGCACGUGGCAGACAUCGUCUUUGAGUUGCCCCAUGAUUAUUCAAAGUAUUGGUCAUUGUUUAAAAAGAAUUAUGUGUUUAGAAGCUUUGUAUCAGUUUCUCAUUGUUUUAUAUCUAGAUGUAGUACCGGGUGAAACCAUUUCUUUUGGUUUUGUACCUGCUUCCUUCUAGGAGCUCCUGUUACCUGCACCUGCUGGUUGUCCCUGCACUGGGCACUGCAGGAGCUAGGGUGGGUGGAAGCAAUGCUGGAGCACGGGGCCUUCUGAUUUGCUGUUACAACCUUCUGUGUAGGAUGGGGCUGUGGCUGUCCUUCAUCCCAAGAACUGCUGAGGCCACAUUGUGGUGAACUGUACCUGCCAGCCCUGAUGGGUUGCAGAAGUGGAAGGUGUGUCUCUGAAACCCAGCAGUGUCCCCUGGAGCUCCAUGCUGUCUCCACAGUGGAUUCCUCCCCAGGUGGCCCUUUCGGUGCCCUGCCCAGUGGCCCUGAACUCGGUGCACCUGCAAGAGGCAGCAGCUGCAAGCCCUGCGCAGUGUGGUGUGAUCUCCGUCACUGCGAUCUCCUUACCUGAAGCCUUAGUCCCAGUGGGCUCUGCCAGUAAAUGGGGUUUCAGUACCAAAUGGUCAGGUUAUCUUGUUAAUGUCUGCAGACCAUCCACAGAGGUUUCCAGAAUAUUUUCUCUGGCUCCAAGGUGAAAUACUUGGCAACUCCCCACCCCCACCUCAGGGCAAGUGUCUGCCAUGCUGUGGCUUUGCCAGCAUUCGACUUGAUUCCUGCCAGUAGCUUCAUGUCCCUAAACCUCAUGUGGCUCCUCAGGGCUGGGGCUUACCCGCCUGUGUUAGUGACAGACUGCGGCUCCACACGGGGAGGCUCUUUCUGUACUGUUUAAGUGUGGUUGAUACAUGCAAGAGAGAGGCUGCCUGCAUGGUGGUGAGGGGAGACAGAGCUUGGGAGUUCCAGCUGGCACAGCCCAGUGGGUGCCAGUCACCCUGGGGCACAGCGCUGUCCUAGAGCCACGAGUGCCGCCUCCUGCACUUCCACCCCCAGGGCAGCCACCAACCAAGAAGCCCCAUGCAAGGGUUCCUUCUGGAAGUCUGUGUGCUGCUGGGAGGACAGUACUUGCUCAGGGCGCUCUGCCUGCCCUUUGGCAGAAGUUAAUUCUUUCCUACUUCCUCACUGAUCUGUGUCCCCGUCAGGUGAGCCUCAGACUUGAUAGGUAUAGAUGGGACCAUUGAGAGUUGUUGUGUGUUCGGUACCUGCUGGGCCCAGCACCCACAGGAUUUGUUCUCAGAGUAGUGAUGCAUAAGGGCACAGGCUCUGUAAAGCACGUGUUAAAUUGAAGAGGGGGAAUUCUGGAGGGUGCUGUGUCCUGCUCAUUUGUUCUUGGAAGUACAAGUCCCCAUCCUGCCCGACCUGCAGAUCACCCUUCAGCACAGGGCAGAGUCCAAGCAGAGGCGGCUUCUUUCUCUUCUGGGGAGUCUAUGCCAGUGUCCGCGGAAAUCAGGCUCUACAUUUGUCAUGUGUCCCCUCUCCCAUACAUCAUAAUGGCAUUUCUAAAGCCAGGAGUUUAUAUUUAUUUUUUUAGAAAUACACAUUUUUCUGCUGAUUGUGGACGCUCCCCCACUGGAGUCAGCCCCUGGGACUCAGCUCAGGAUUCACUCUUGCCCCAGUGACUGCAUUUUGCAGCAGCUCCCCCAAGAACUCAGAAGCAGCUCUGUCGCGGUGCUGGGCCGGCUCCUGGCCCCAGGGCUGAGUUGGUCUGCCCCGUGGGAGCAGCAGGCCUGUCCCCGGCCAGGCGCAGCCUGUGGGUGUCAGGAGCAUCUUGUGUUUCCUCGCACCUCCCUUUCUUUGAUACACGUUUUCAAAAAUAAUACAUUCUUACUGACAACUUGUAACUUGGUUGUAUUUUAUACUAAUAGCCUUUAAUAAAGCCAUUUAAAAAAAUG